UAAACGUAACAAAGAAAAAAGCUUUAAUUGGUCACAUUUGUUUUGUGAUAUUGAUCAUGGCAAAGUUAUCAUGUUCGUAUUUCCUUGUACUCAUGCUUGUGUUCUCAGGAUCUUUAAUCGUUGAAAGAGCUGAGGGGAAGCAAUGUCAUUUGACGAUUGACAAAGAAACUCCAUGUAAUCUUGUUGAUUGCCGUUUAAGCUGCUAUAGUGGCUACAAUGGAGUUGGAAAGUGUUUUGACGAUCGUAAAGUAAAGGGACCUUCUAAUUGUGGUUGUCUCUACAAUUGUUAGAGCUACAGUUUUAUAAAAGUGUGUCUGUCGUCAUAUAAUAAAUAUUCGAUUUCCUUAUAAUCGAUAUGAAUAAAAACUAGGUCUCCAUCAAGAGACAGAUGUUUGGCCUACUUUGGUUA